GCCUUACAGUCAAAAUGGCGGACAACGAGGAUGACAGCGGUUCGACCAGAACAAUAACAGUCGUGGAGACCGUGGCCGCUCCGUGCACUCAGUCCGGGGAAAACGUACCGAGAGCGGCCGCCGACCAGAGCGGUCAGUCCAGGGAGGGUUCGCAGACAGUGUCUGGUGCAGAGACUAGUGAGUCCGGGGACAGUUUACCGGCGGAGUCUGGUGCUCAACUGACGGACUUCCUACAAAGCGGCCCAGAGGAACAGAGCAUCCUGGUGGGCACAGAGUUCACUGGCCUGGGUCCGGACCUGGUUAAUACCACCAUCAUUUACGUGCAGCCCGACGGUAGCCUAGUGGAGGGCUCCGGACUGACGGCCGAGGAACAGCAGGCUCUUGUGGAUCAGCUCACCAAGCAGCAGAUCGUCCAGGUCUCCGACACCGAGGCAGCCCACCUGCUCCAACAGAGUCCGCUUGUCAAAACCAUCCCCUUCCACAACACGGCCCUGGACCCGAGUCAGCUGCAGCAGGUCAUCAACCAAGUCACUAAGUCCCAGCAGCAGGUUCAUGUCCAGGUUCCCCAGCAGAUCCUGAAGCAGCAGGUCCAGGUCCCCCAGCAAGGUCUGAAAAACCAGAAGCAGGAUCAUAUCUCUCAGCAAAACUUAAAGACCACUACCCAGAACAAUGCCUCCCAGCAGCUGAAGAGCGUCGCCCAGCAAUUUGCAAUGCAGACCAGCAGCUCAGUCCAGGUGGUUCAGAAGAAGUCGGAGCCCAUCAGGAUCCAGAUCCAAGUUCCUCCCAAGCAGGAUGUUAAGCCUGGCUCCACCCCCCAACAGAAGACUGUGGCUGUCAGUCAACCACAGGUAAAAAUGUCAGCCAAUGGCAGCAUGAGCAGCGCUCAGGUCAUCCACAUCCAGCCUGUGGUUGGUCAGCACGGUCAGCAGUUCUUCCUGCAGCAAUGCCCUGGAGACCCCCCAAUCCAGCUGCUGCUGCAGAGCCCUGCCCCUGUCGUUGGAUCUUUGCUCCCAUUGGUUCACAAGGUCACAGGCCAGACGACAUCAGCAGGCACCACCUCCAGUCCGAGCCAGAAACCUGCCGUGUCCCCCAUCAGAGUCCAGACCCCCUCCACCAUUAAGACCCCACCCCCCUCCAUCAUCAAGACCCUGCCCACGUCCACUGCUAAAACUAUUAGCAUCCCACUAAUUAAAACUGCAGCCAAUGGCACGACAGCUGCCAGUAAGAAUCCCAUGAAACCAUCUGCAGUCAUUGCAGCGGUCCCAGUUCAGAGCACCACACCUGCUGCUACCCGGCCUGCUACAAUAGUCCCAUCCCCUGCAGUGAAGGACAGAGGUACAGAAAAAGACAAAGAGAAAAAGGUGAAGAAGAGAGAAAAGAAAGGCGUGAAGGUCCAGACCAGAUCUGGUCGAGUGUCCAGACCCCCAAAGUACAAAGCUAAAGAUUACAAGUUCAUAAAAAUGGAGGACCUGGCCGACAGCCACCAGUCUGACUCUGACGACUACUCUGACAUGAGUGUGGAGGAGGAGGACGGUGGGAUAAAGGAUGGCCCCAUGUCUGGCACCUCCCCCUCCCUCACCUACAGCCACAAGUCCCGGUCUCACCAUUGCCAGACCUGCGACAAGGCCUACAUUGGUCCUGGAGGCCUGAACCGGCACUACAAACUGAACCCUACCCACGGAGAGCCUGAUCUUCCCAGCAGCUCGCCAAGCAACACACUACAUCCCCUAAGAGACGACAGCCAGUCACAGGAGACAACAGAAGGAGAUGUCAAAGAGGAGGAGGAGAAGAAGAAGAAGGAGGAGGACAAACCUGCUGCCACAGCAACAAACAGAGUGGAUGGAGUUCCCGCAGCAACUGUUGGACUCAGGGGCCUCCCAUACCGGGGCCCUGGCCGGCCUCGAGGACGAGGUAGAGGCAGGGGGAGAGGCCGAGGACGGGGUCGAUCCCUGGGCCCGCCUCCAAAGUUCUCUCAGGUGACGGGGGGCCUCAUCAGUAGGCGGGGCCGUCGAGGUCGACCUCCAAAGCUCACUGCUAUCACAACAACCACAGAACAACAGGGGGAGAGAAGACAAGACCGUCUGCAGGAGCUGGUGGAGCAGUGUGAGGAUGAGGAGCUGAUGGAUAUCGUUCUUCCUCGUUUGACCAAAAUGUUGAGUCUAUGGGAGCUGCUGCUGGCAAAGGUAGAGCGUGGCGGUCAGGCUCGGACUCGGUUUCCGGACAUUUAUCGUGAGUUUGAGUCCUUGCAGGCCCAGGUGAGACAGGCUGCUCAGGACUACAUCCUCAGCCCACAGGACGGAGCUGUGCCACUGGAGGUCAGGAACAUCGAGGUUGCCAGGUCUCUGGGCAUCCUGGACGAGGUGAACAGGAUGAAGGUAGUUCCUGGAGCAUCUCCAAGCCCCAAUCUGACCAAUAAGAACGUGCGAUACAUGGAGAAUUCCAAGAUGCUGCCACCUUCAAAGAGAUUCAAGAUGGAGAACAGCAUUCCAGUUCACCAGAACGGCAUAGGGACACUCAAAACAGGUGAGACCCCUGUGACCUCUGUGACCUCCUCUCUGAAACCCUGCUCGGUUUCUGUGUCUCCUCUGGUGAUUCCAGCUGCGUCCAAACUGCUGACUGCUGCUGACUCUGCCUCCAGCUCCUCUGGCUCCACCCAGCCCCCGCCCUCUGUUACGCCUAUGGAGAUAAGCCCAGGUGAGAACCAGGAGGAGGGACCUCUGCAGGCAAGUCAGGACCAGGUCCUGAGCACUGACUUCACAAGCCAGGUGAAGGAGCUAGAGAGAGCUUUGGGUUCAUGUCCAGAGACUGCUGCAGACUCAAAGACACCUCAGUGCAGCUCAGUCCAGAUCCUGACUUCCUCUCAGCUUCAGCAGAGGGACUCCUCCCAGUCGGAGUCCAGCUCCACGGACCCCUGCGAGCCUAAAGAGCUGCAGGAGGGUCAGGAGAUAUACAUCCAGACAGAGGGGCUGACGGUCCAGAUGGCAGAACCUGGAUUAGACCGGAUUGUGAUCGUCAACGGGCCAGACGGGACAACCAUGCACAUCCAGACCCCAGAGGGGGUUCCCCUGGAGGCAGUCCAGGCUCUGCUGGGCAUUGAGGCCUCUGACGGGGGCCAGAACUCCACAGUGAACUGAACUGAUCAGAAUCCAGGCUGACUGGACUGAGCAAGACCAGAACCUGACCUGAACCUGACACAUCACUGACUGGGAGAGUGUGUAUUCAUGAGGCACUACCAGCUGUGAUUCCUACACAGCUUCAUCCACACAGGUGCCCAACAGCAGAACACACCUGGACUCAUGAACAUGUGGACCUGCGGCAGUCUUAAAAACACAAAUCAACACGACUCGCUGGAGUUGGAACACAAACACGCAUGUCAGUUUAGGACAACUUUAUGUCAUACCUGUGGGUGUGGCGAACUCAGCAGCCUGCAGGGGGCACUGACAUACCUUCAGACUGCUAGUUUUGUGGUUUCAGAUGUAACACCUGAGGUUUUAAUGUCACACCUUUGUUGUUCCAGUCGUCAUUUCUUCAGACUGAACGUUCUGUUUACAAAAACACUGAAGAUCUUCCAAAACCACAGAUUAAGUUUUUCUCAGUUUAAGGCUGCCAUCAAUCAGCUCAUCUUCAUGUUGUUAUAUUUUGUGGUGCUCAUUUGUCUGGUUUCUACAUAUAACUUGAUCCAUAAAUCCUGAUCAAUGGAUCCUGACCUCAGCUUAAUGAACUCUAUGUCUAAAUGAGCAACAUUAUUUCAACAUCGGUUUGUGAUGGCUUAGUGUCCGCGAUGAACAGACAGUCUUACUUAUUGUCUCAAUUCAGCUUGUUGUUUGAUUGGUUCAUUCAUUUCUUACCUGUGAUGAUGUCAGCGGCAGCAGGUUUUUAAGAAUCUGGAGUGAUUGUAAAUUUGUAAAAAAAAAAAACAUUUUUCAGUGUUUCCAUACUUGGACUCAUUCAUUUAAAAACAGAAACUGGUUAGUUGGAUGUUUAUAUAUGUAGAUAAAUCUGAAAAACAAAGUUUAAAAAAAAGUUGCACUAUUUUAUUACUUUUUAUAAAACUUCACAGCAAAACAUUUUCCAAGCGUAAACUUAACGUUUGUACUCGUUUGGAGAAUUGAUGUGAGGAUGGACUGAAAACAGUUUGGAGGAGUUUAAACUUAUCUGUUGACUGAGUGCUGACUGCAUCAAACACAUUUCAUGUUCCUCCAAUAAACGGAUGAGACAAACUCA